CACUCUUAACCUCCCGACUGUCUGAAUGCCGAUGUUGUAUUUUGAGCUUUUGAAGCAGCUCUUUUCCACCCAGCGAAAGUACUUCUGCGGUUCUUUUCUCUGAAUGAAGAUUGAUCUUUAUCCAGACCGAAAAUACCUCCUCCGGCCAACAUUUGUGAACAAAGCAGUUAUUCUCCCCCUUUCCAUUUAUUUUUUUGAUUCGGGGCUGAAAUUGUUGACCUGAAGGGAAACUACGUAAAUCCGAGAUCGCCGACUCUGGAAAGGUUGGCCCAGAUAUUUCCCUCUCUCCAAGACGUUUUGGGCUUAGAAUGUCACUAAGGUUUUAGAGUAGAUUUGUAGCUCAGCGCUUCAUCAGAGGCUGCGCUGAUGAUGUUACCCAGCAGGGUAAUGAAACAUCUGCGGAAAAACAACGAACAGCUCGGCGAGCCAGCCAACCACAAAUAGCAUGUCACUGGCUGGACCACCACUUAUUGACUAACCAGUGAGAGGGUGGUGGUGAGCUGCAUUCUUGAACAACUGCAGUCCAUGUGGCAAUGUUAAAAGGAGAGGAUUUUCAUCUGCAAAUCCUCAAAAGAAUGUCAUGUAAAGAUCUGACACAGUCAAUCAAUUAAUUGAGACUUGAAUCUCAUUGGUUGUGGAAUCGAGAAGGAGAAAUAUUUAUCAGUUCUUUUGCUGCAAAAAGUUUUAAAUAUCAGACUGGAAAAACACCAAGGCAUAUGCAUGCGAAUGAACUGACAGUGGAAAGAGAUUUAACCAGUUACACAGACGGGAAACAUUUGGUGUCCAGAACAGGGAGAGACUGCACAUGCGUUCUACCUAUCAACAAGACUCCACUGGUCAUUCAACCUGAAAAGGCACAUGGACAUCGUCAACAUGGAGAGGCCAUGGCAAUGUGCAGACUGUGGGAAGGGAUUCAGAUCUCCAUCUAAGCUGGAGAUUCAUCGCCGCAGCCACACUGGUGAGAGACCAUUCACCUGCUCCGUGUGUGACAAGGGAUUCACUGAUUCAUCCAACCUGCAGAAACAUCAGCGACUUCACACAGGGGAGAGGCCGUUCAACUGCUCAGAGUGUGGAAAGGAAUUCACUUUGCUAUCCAAGCUGCUGACACAUCAACGAGUUCACACCAGGGAGAAACCUUUCACUUGCUCAGAGUGUGGGAGAGGCUUCACUCAAUCAUCCAACCUGUUGAAACACCAACAGGUCCAUGCUGGUGACAAGCCAUUCACUUGCUCUGAGUGUGGGAAGGCAUUCACACAGUUAUCUCACCUGCUGACACACCAGAGAGUUCACACUCGGGAGAGACCGUUCAUUUGUUCAGAGUGUGGGAAGGGAUUCACUCAGUCAUCCCACCUGCUGACACACCAGCGAGUUCACACGAGGGAGAGGCCAUUCACUUGCUCUGUGUGCGGGAAGGGAUUCAGUGAUUCAUCCAAUUUGCAGAAACACCAGCGUGUUCACACUGGGGAGAGGCCAUUUAUCUGCUUAGAGUGUGGGAAGGGGUUCACUCAGUUAUCUCACUUGCAGACUCACCAGCGAGUUCACAUCAAAGAGAAGCCAUUUACCUGCUCUGUGUGUGGACAGAGAUUCACUGAUUCUUCCAACAUGGAGAAACAUCAGCGAGUUCACAAGUGACU